UCAGGAGUCGAGGACGCAGAGCGGGGGUGGGCACGGCGGGCGCGGAGGCACCACCGGGGGCCCCGAUCUGGAUGUUAGCGACGGCUUCAUGGGCCUCAAGGACCACCUGGAGGAUGGGGUAGGCCGCAUCCUGGACCUGGGGUUGGAUUUGGACUACCUCCAUGUGGAAACUAUGGAUCGCCAGUCUGGAGCGAGCGGCGACCCUGGUUCAGCUGCUGUGGAGAUGGGUGUGGCCCACGUGAGUGACAUCUGCUCCUCCACCUCCCUGGGGGACUCUGAGGAAAGUGCCGAUUCUGACAAUGAGGCGGAUCGGGCGCCUAGCAACUGCAGCCAUGGUGACCACCCUUCGCCUGACCCAGACCCAGCUGCAGCACCACCUAGAGAAACUCCUCAGUCUUCAGUGGUCCCUUUGGAGGAGCCCGACCAGGCUGAAAUGGCCAGGGAGUACCAGACCAAGAUGGAGUUUGCGCUAAAGCUGGGCUACAGCGAAGAACUGGUUCAACUGGUGCUAAGCAAACUUGGGCCUGGGGCACUGAUUAAUGAUAUUCUGGGGGAACUGGUCAAACUGGGCAGCAAACCAGAGGCUGAGCCAGGGUGUGGUACAGCAGCGUUGCCCUCUGCCUCGCUGUCUGCCACGUCCUCCUCUUCCUCUUCCACUUCCUCCCCUUCUGGUGUCUUCCGCUCUGCCUCCAACUCACUCCGGUCCGACUCCCCCAUCUACCCAGAGAGCCCAGAUGACACGGACAACCUGCGGCCAGUAGUGCUGGAUGGCAGCAAUGUGGCCAUGAGCCAUGGCAACAAAGAAGUAUUUUCCUGCCGAGGUAUCCAGCUGGCAGUGGACUGGUUUCGGGACCGUGGACACAGGGACGUCACUGUGUUUGUGCCGGCCUGGAGGAAGGAGCAGUCACGCCCAGAUGCACUUAUUACAGACCAGGAGAUUCUGCGGCGGCUAGAGAAGGAGAAGAUCCUGGUGUUCACACCGUCGCGGCGCGUCCAGGGCCGGCGCGUCGUCUGCUACGAUGACCGCUUUAUCGUCAAGCUGGCGCAUGAGUCUGACGGCAUCAUUGUGUCCAAUGAUAACUACAGAGACCUGGCCAAUGAGAAGCCUGAGUGGAAGAAGUUCAUCGACGAGAGGCUGCUCAUGUAUUCCUUUGUCAACGACAAGUUCAUGCCCCCCGAUGACCCACUGGGGCGACACGGCCCCAGCCUGGACAACUUCCUGCGAAAGCGGCCCGUGCUCCCAGAGCACAGAAAGCAGCCGUGUCCCUACGGUAAGAAGUGCACCUACGGGCACAAAUGCAAAUUCCACCAUCCGGAGAGGGGCCCGCAGCCGCAGCGCUCAGUGGCCGAUGAGCUGCGUGCCAGCGCCCGGAGCUCCAGGGGCCUGGGUGACGGCGUGCUGGUGAAGAGCCACAGCGCCCCCUGUGCCCCCCGGCCGGACGCCGCCAAGCGGCCCGGCUCCAAACGGCAGUCGGACCCUGCAGUGCGCGCCUACUCCUGUGGGGACCUGGACGACGGCACGCAAGGGGAGACGCGUCGGAGGAGCAGCGCCCCCCCCAGCCAGGGCCUGGCCUGUGCUCUUCCGCAGGACACCAGGCCGCAGCCUGUAGGGGGCGCUGCCUCCUUCUCCUGCUCGGAAGUGUACCCACGCUGUGACUCGCCGGACCUGAGCUACUACUCGGUGGUGAGCGGCUGUGCAUCGCUGGGCCUGGCGACAGAGGCGGCCCUUCUGCGGGGGGGCUCCGAGCCAUCCGACUGCGGCAGCGAGGGGGGGGUCAGCUGCGGCAGCAGUGGCUCCGACUCCUUUGGCGAGCGCAGCCGUGUGCUCUCCCCAGACCCUCCCCUGGAUGACCUGAAUUGCCGCCACCACCGCCGCUACCCGCAGUACCCCGGCUACCCCCACUCCUACAUGUAUGCCCCCCCCGCCGCUGCUCUCUCGGCACAGUACUACCAUCGCCACACUGAGGGCCCGGGCCGGGCGCAGGGCUUUGGCCGUGAGGACAAGCGCUCGCUGCCCUACAUGCCCACACACCCGGUGGUGAGCUCCGGCUGCCACAGCGACUGCACCUCGCUGCCCCUGACCCCCCCACGUCCCCCAGCCUCCCCCCCCGGCCGCAGCUUGGCUUCCACCCGUGCCGAGAGCAUUUCCGACUCCCGCCUCUACCGGCAGUCCCUGCUGCAGAGAGGGGGGCCCUACAGCAGCUGGGACUCGUAUCACGGCCACCACCGCCCCCCCCCAGCCAUGCCAGCGCCCCCACCCAGCCAGCCCUGCUACCAACCCUUUGCCUUUCAGAAUGCGCCAGAAAACCGCGAGCAGGCCUGGCGUCAGCCCUGGGGCCGCUCCCCCAACCCCAGCCACCCACCGGCGGAGCCGCCCCCUCUGAGCCGCUACCAGGAUGUGCGGGAGAAGGUCUUCGUCAAUCUCUGCAACAUCUUUCCCCCAGAACUGGUGCGGCUGGUGAUGGGUAGGAACCCCCAUGUGACGGAUCCACAGGAACUGGCGGCAGCGAUCCUGGCUGAGAAAUCCUCGGGGUACUGAGGAGGGCUGGGGCUCCUCCUGUUCUCCUUUAGUGAAUCACUGCAUCUCUCCUGGGCCACAGGCUGCUUCGCAUUAGUGAUGCAUUAUGGGGGUGACAGGUGACAUGGUCUUCAUUACUGUGAUGGGGUUAGGUGGCACUGAGGCCCCAGUGCACAUGCAGGCCAACAGUAGCACUUGGCUGCAGAAGACUGUCGCUUUCCAUCGUUUUAAUUUUUAAAAAAUUGCCUAAAUGUAUCUGCACAGCUGGCAAAGUUUUGUUCAUAGAGAGGGCUUUUAAUAGUGUGUGUGUGUGUGUGUGUGUGUGUACUGAAAGAGAAAGAAAAGUCAGUUUAUUAUUAUUUAUUUUCGCAAAUUGUGUUAAUUUUAAUUUUCAUUUUUUUUGUAAAAUGAGUUUUAGCAAGGAGGUGUUGAUCCUUAAGGCACUUUUCCAUUGAUGUUUAUCCAACGUAAGACUGAAGCAGAAAAUCCUGGCAAUCAGAUCACAUGAGCCCGAGGCUGUAGGUUUGCUGUGGUUCAUCAGAGAGCGCCGGGCGCCAAGGCAGAGGGUAGGAAAUAGAAAAUUGGCCAAAUCAAUUUAACUGGUUUUUUUUGACAUAGUAAAGCUAAAACUGUUUACUGCCGUUUAACUGUGAUCAAGGUUUGGGUGCUCAGGACGAAAACGUUCCAGUUUCAGCCAUCUGCUGUGAUUUACAGGGUAAUGAAAUACACAUGAUGACCCCUAACCCCAAGUCACCUUAAUGAUGUAUUUAUUUUUGUAUACGCCAGAUAUUGUUUUUACCCAGAAUGCCUUGACAGUCCCUGAUGCCGGGGGAUUGGCUGUCCUCUUUACAAUCCAUCGCUUCUACUCACUUUGCAUCAUUUCUUUUUAUUGUAAAAAAAUGAAAUUUCUUCCCAAAAACAAGAUGCCAUUGAAAUCACAAGACUUAUGCUGUUUGAGGAUAUGCAAGCCCGUGUGGUUGAUGCACUAUAAUGUAUUGCUUAAUUUAUUUGAUCAUUAUUAUUCUUUUAUGCUUUGUUUUUGUUAUGUUGUUUGUCAUGUUUUUUGUUACAGUAAAGUUACAAAAGGUGUUGUCAUAGAAACCGGCAAGGGUAUGCCCUGUCUAGGUUACUUAUGGAGAUGGAUGUGUGUGUCGCUUUGGAUUUACUGCUGUCCAGCAAAACGGUGACCAAAUGUGUAGAGGGGUCAGUGCUUGCUAGCUCACUCUGAAGUUAUCUGCAUUCCUGUUCCCCACCUAAAUAUUUCUGGGGUUGGAAUUUGAAGCCGUCACCGUGGUUGUGCACCUGCGCUCGGGUGAUGCUGGGGGAACCAUCUCCGUCACACAGCGGGAAGGACUCGCCUACCCGCCACAUAGCUGUCAGACUUUCGUUUGGUGGUUUCCUCCUAGCUGGCAGGAGAGACCGUACCGCUACACAAACCUUGGGGGCUUAAUAAUAAGAAACCCUUUUACAGUUGAUACAAAUUGUAUCUUAUUAAGUUAAUUACAGAUUUUUAAUAUAUGAGAGAUACACAUGUACACAGUAUAUAUGAAUGUUUAUGAUAGUUUACAGUAGUCACAUUUUUAACUGUUGUUAAAGAGAGGUCUUGGGCAACAUUUCAUUGUAUAAUUACAGUAUGGAGGUGGGUUUGGCGGGAGGUAGAGUGCUGGAUGCAGAAGCUCCUUGUACAUUAAGGAAGUUUAGAAAGAACAAUGAUUGCAGGAGGGGUCAUUUGCAUUGAGAUCCCUUAAACCCAUUCAUGGCCUCAGCAACAUGUAUUAUCACAGUGUCAGUGUUAGUAGUGCUGGAGGCCUAUUUUCCUUAAUGCCAUUCACUCCUGGUGUGCCGCUGUAAUAUACGUAGGUGUGCAGUUGUUAGCAUUAAGGUAGACCUAGCAGCUGUAGCAAUAGGAAAUAUUAGCAGUAGCAACUGAGAGUAUCAGCUGAUGUGGACAGUUGACGCCAGAAUCGGAAUUAAUGACAAAAUGCUGCAGAAAGAAAUCUGGAUUCAUGAAACGAUUACAAAUUCUCAAAGCAGUCCAGGUCUCCAGCAUGCUCAGUAAUUACCGAUCAGGACAGGUAACUGUUUUUGUUUGAAGUCCUGUUUUCUUUAAUGGCCCACUUGGUUUCAUGGGGGUCGAUAUGAAAGAGACCAGCAUGAUGUGUGAUGAACACCUUUUUUUAAACGUGAAGAGCCUUCCCCCCUGGCUUCGUGACACCAUGUGUCGCGAUGAGCGGUGGGGUGGGCGUACAGUAAAUGCUUCUACAUGGCAUUGCGCUUAUUGACACACCCAAUGAUAAUCUGAACCGUGUUCAGCUGUUUAUUCCUCUUAUUUUUCUUAAUGCUUUACUACUGUCCCAGAGAACUUGUGUAAAAGGCUGUCAGCUGCUUGGCGUAAUGUUCACUGUGUAGCUUUGCUGGAUGUUUCAUACAUUAUUUUUAGGUUGUUCUUGGUGAAAUCGUUCGUUUCAGCUCUGCUCUGCAUUUUAAAUGGAUAACAUAUCUCAUUACAAGUAGAUUAGGUGUCAGUGUAUACAAAUUAGUGUCAGUAUAGUACUAAGGAUACAGAUGCUUUUUGCUCAUUUCAGCAUAAAGGUAGCAUUUUGUGGAGUGUAUGAAUUUCUAUUUAUUAUUGGUUUGCUUUCAUGGAGUUCUAGUUGUAGAGUAUAACAUAUUAAAAGCUUCAUUGUGGAAGUACCUGACAGGUCUUUCCUUUAAAAAAAAAAAAAAGAAAAAAAGAAACCUUGACAGUGCAGGAGUUCAGGGAUGCUAAAUCCCCAUGACAACCAAAGGCGGUGGCAGAUGUUAUACUCAAGUCUUAGUGUACCUGUGCAUUGUUUUGCCAGGCCUACAGUAGAGCUGGGGGAUAUGGGCAAAAAUGUUAUCAUGAUAAAAUUUUUCAUAUUGGUCGAUAUUGGUCAUUAUUGCAAAUUGUUCUUUCCAGUUUAAAGGUUGAUUUUUACUCCUGGGUUAACUAACUAUUCUCCUGAGGUAAACUAUUCUCUAUCAUCCAAAUGUGACAAAAACUGACCAAAAUGACGCUUUCAGAACAAUUAGCUAUAUUUUCUAAGCCCACUAGAUGGAGCCCUCUGUUCAUUAAAGGUCUGAAAGCAUGCCGAAAAGGAAACAAAAAGCGCCACGUGGUCUCAAAAAGUCGUAAAUGGUUCACAAAGCCUCAUUUUGGCCAUCACUACCAAACAGCAUUUUCUCUUUCACAAGUCUGAGAUAGAAGAUGAACAGCUUAUUUUAGUCAUCGCUGCAAAAACGCCACCACAUUCUUUCUAUCUGUUAUAUCUGUUAUCUAUGUGUGGAUUGUUACUGUCGGGAUUUAUCAUGGAUUGAAUUUUCCUGAGGACUUUCCUUUUGGAUUUCGCUGGAUUACCCUUAUUGCUCAGCUUGCUCUCCUGGCGAGUUGACCUGUUUUGACAUUUUUGUCAGUUGUCUGCCUACCUGCCUUAAUACAUUCUGUUAUCUGUUGAAUAGAUCCUUCCUUUUCUAGGUUGUGCUUGUGCUGCUGGUCCUGACAAGUAAUCACAUAGAAAAUGUCUUUUUCUGAUGCAAAGCAAGUCACCGAAAUAUCGAAAACAUAUUGAGCAUUUGGCACAUUCAUAUCGAGGGAUAUUAUCCUGUGAUAAUUAUCGUUAUCAUUUUAUCACCCAACCCUAGCCUACAACGUAACUAACCUGGAAAACAAAACAGAAAUGCAGGCCAAGCACCUACAAUUCUAUGUCUCCAAAUCUGUGUACAUCUGCAUUUAGUUUUAAUCUGUUCCCCCAAUUUAAUUAGUCCAAUUAAUUGCAGACAAUCCUUAUUUAUCCCAAAACACUGCAGUUAAAUUUGUGUAUGAACAAAUGGUGAAACUUAAGAACUUGACCCUGCCCUUGGUAGUGAAGUGGCACAGAGAUGUCUUCACUCUAGUGUCACAAUGUCAUCAGUGUCAUCAUUUCACCUAUUUCCACAUUAUAAGCAAUUGAAGCAAGUAGUAGGACUUGAUAUUGCAUUUCAUUUGUAGCUCUGUGUUUAUACUUGGUUGAAUAAAUUAAAUGCAUCUCCCCCCAGUAUUUUGCAUAGCAUAUUAAAUUCAUGAUUCAAUGUGUUUAGAUUAAUUACAGUUACAUUAUGAGAUGCAUAAUUCCAGCUUCAGGUGAAUUGAUUAGAUAUGCUGCUUCUUGAUAGCAGUCCAGCUCAAGAGACAUCUGUCCAAGAACAUGCCAGUAAAACUUAUCCUAAUGUGUCACCAAGACUAUUGUCAUUUGAACAUGUCAAGUUGUUUCAAAUUCUUUCACAGGUCUGCUUUAAAAGUUCAAGUUAAACACCAAAUUCCACAAAACUAUGUUUGAAAGUCAUGUGCAGAAAUGUGUAUUUUCCAGAAUUACUUUGGUCAAUGCUUGUGUCUGCAGUGAACCAAUGCUUGGUUUUGUGUAAAGUAUUUUGUAAAAGAAUUUGUGAAUCGGGAGCUUUGAAAAUAAAAUAAACUUGCAUUGGC